AAGGACAAUUUGAAGUAAAGUAAUGAUUAUUAUUUUUUAUGCUACUUUCCAAUACUAACUAUGAAUAUUCAGAUUUGUCAAUUAAACUGAUUUUUUUUUCCUUUGCAGGUAAUCAAAGCACGAUUGCACGAUCUACUUUGUAUAAAACUAGAUUCUGCAGCAACAGACAGGCCAUUAACUAGUUAACUAGGAAAGAGAAGUGGCAAUUUGGAGGAGAGUGAGCCGAUAAAGUUUUUCUAGUCAGAGAGAAAGGGAGGAGAUUAGAGAUGUCAUACUUGCUACCUCAUCUGCACUCUGGAUGGGCUGUAGAUCAGGCCAUCCUGGCUGAGGAAGAGCGUCUCGUCGUCAUUCGGUUUGGCCAUGAUUGGGAUGAGACCUGCAUGCAGAUGGAUGAAGUAUUGGCAUCAGUUGCUGAGACGCUAAAGAACUUUGCUGUCAUAUAUCUUGUUGACAUAACAGAAGUACCUGAUUUUAAUACCAUGUACGAACUGUAUGAUCCAUCGACUGUCAUGUUCUUCUUUAGGAACAAGCACAUUAUGAUUGAUCUUGGUACUGGAAACAACAACAAGAUCAACUGGGCUUUGAAGGACAAGCAAGAGUUCAUCGACAUUGUUGAGACUGUUUAUCGUGGGGCUAGAAAGGGUCGUGGUCUGGUGAUUGCUCCCAAAGACUAUUCAACCAAGUACCGCUACUAAGUAUUAUACAAGUUGUGGUUAACUGAAAACGGUAAGAACAUAAUUUGGAAAUGCUGUAAGAAACUUAUCAGACGCUCAUAGAUUGCAAGUGUCUCGGUCUUAAGAUCAAUGUACCUGGUACAGACAAAAAAGGUAAAGCUUUCAAUAAGAUCAAUGUACUGAGAGAGGAGGUAAAGUAUAUGUCAAGCUUAUGGUAUGAUUGGAACAAAUGAAUUAUGUUUGUGAAGUCAGUUUGGUUUUGGUCUUACUAUCAUUUCAAAA